AUGCAGACAAACGAGUUGGAUGACAAGGAGUGCUGCUGUAACAGCUGUGGGCAAGUUACGAGACAAACGAAGAAAUCAUCGAAACAAGUGAGAUAUCGUUUUAGCUUUACAAAGCACAUGAACUUGGAAGAAAGCAAUUACGAAAGGGUCAUAUCUAUGUCUUACCUCACAGAGAAAUAUGGGGAGCGAAAAGCUGCAAACAUCUUGAGAUUUAUCAAGUGCAUCCACAGGAAAAUCAAUCGUGGUGUAAGCAGGAUCAGCGAUGAACGCAUCGACGCAAUGAAGCCCUGGAACAAAGUCAAACUUUUCUUACUAUUGGUGACAUUAUCACAGAGAGGUGGCCCUGAUUACUGGCUAGAUAAGGAGGGUGAGCCAAAAGAAACGCCCAAGCCGAAACUUAGAGAAAAGAAGCCGCAGAAAGCUACAAAACUCUUCUGCACAUUGACCGAGCAAAUCAUGAGGCAAAAUAUUAACGAAAACUAUGAUGAGACAGAGCACGACGAGAACUAUGUAUUCAGUUCCAUCUGGGCGAACUUUAUGGAAGGUUUAAUAAAUCAUUAUUUGGAAAAAGUAAUUAUCCCUCGCAGCGAGAUGAAAGUGUGCCAACAACUCUAUAAGCCAAUGAUGAAAAUCAUAUCUUUGUACAAUGAAUACAAUGAACUAAUGGAGAAAAGCGAGAGGAAUGGAUUUUUGACCCCAGAUGAAGAGCCUCCAGCAUCUUCUGAUGAUGAAAUCUCCUCCACUACCGAAACAGGAAAAUUACAAACUGCCCACAGAUUACUGUGGCAAGCACGACAGGAUAUUCCGAAAACAAUUAGCAAAGAGUUAACCCUUCUCUCCGAAAUGUAUUCUACGCUCUCUGCAGAUGAGCAAGAUUUUGAAUUAGAUGAGUUUGUUUGCAGCGCAGAAGAAUACAUUGAAGUUGAAUAUUUGCCAUGCUUAAUUGAUGCUUUAUUCCUGAACUGUGGGGAUAGAAACUUUUGGAAGAUCAUGCUGGUGUUAGAGCCCUUUUUUUAUUAUAUUGAGGAAGUCGGAGAUGACGAUGAUGCGAAAGACACAUCUCAUGAUGAAACCUUGAAACCAGAUCCACGGGUUGUCACUCUGGAAAAAAUUUGUGAAGUGGCUGCUAAGCAAGAGUGGAUAUAG